AUGACUGGUCCCCAGCGAGACCCUAAGCAGCCCGCACUUCCCCUCAGCCCCGUCGGGUCGCCACGAUCACGAUGGGGCCACAGACACCAAUUGAGUCUGUCGAGUCUCCGAACGAGAAAAAUACUAUGCAGCGCUACGGCUAUUGCUAUUUUGACUGUCCUUGGACUCUGGUGGUCAUUCACCCACAUUGAUCAUCUCCACGUGCCGACACGAGCAGAUGACGGAGGUGCAAUUCCUCUCGGCCAGUCUCGCUAUCGAGGUGGAAGAGAGAUCUUUUGGUGGGAGCAUUUCCCAAGACUCCAAGGCUUCUAUCGCGGUCGAAGAGACAUAGUGCCUAUUUCUCAAUAUGUUCCUGGACAACAUACAAACGCGUCCGAUAUCUUAGACGGUGGUGGUCAAGACGAGCCCGAAUUUCUCGAGCUGCCCUCGCCACUACCUUACUAUCUGGAGCAAUGCUACAUCGACGAGGAGAGCCAAACGCUCCCACCAGUCGUUCGCACAUACCAGGGUCUACCUCAAGGCAUGCCAGAACCCUUGUUUGGAUCAUUGAAAGAGCUUGGCUUAAAAGACGACAUAUGUUACGAUCGCAUCAACCGCUUUGCGCCUUACGGAACAUGGUCUUCUAAAGAGCAGGGUGGUCUCGGACUGAACAUGGAAGGCGAUACAGAGGGACUGGAGCAGGUACCAUCCAUCAAUUGGGACGGCGUGAGAUGGCAUCUUGCGCAACAACGCUGUCUUGAGAAGAAUGCGGCGAGGCUCACCUCGCGAACGGCAUUCGUGCUUCGGACCUGGAACACGUUCCACUACACCGAGUACCAUAUCAUGAUGCUUCGAGCCAUGAUCAGCGAGCUGUCUCUUGCAUCUGGAGGACAGUAUACCGUCCAUUUCCUGAUACAAGUUCAGGACGACAAACUUCCCAUCUGGGCCGAUCAGGAUCUGCACGACCAGGUCCUCAAUGACAGCCUACCAGCAGAAUUCCAAGGCAUGAGCACACUUUGGUCCACAGCUCAGAUGAAAUUGAUCUACCCUCCACCAUUCAACAAAAGCGUUGAGAACUUCUCUGGAGGGGACAUUUACGGAGCAUAUCGGUCUUUGCAUUUCCCUUUGCAAUAUUUCGCGUCUCGACAUCCAGAGUUCGAUUAUUUCUGGCAAUGGGAAAUGGACAUCAGAGUCACGGGACACUAUCACGAGCUGCUGAACCAGGUCACAUCAUGGGCUGAAAAGCAACCUCCAGAAUACAGCUGGGAACGCUCUUCGAAAUUCUUCAUCCCCCAACUUCACAAUUACUCGUACGCCAAUUUUGCCAACAGCCUUAUAAAGAACACAACAUCCCCGAUACAUGGCCCUCAAAUCGCUGAGGACGGAUUUCUCGAUAUUCCAGCACAGCGGAUUCCGCCCGACGCAAACGAAAUCGUGGACCUGAUUACAUUCAAUCCACUCUUUGACCCUUCGCAUACACGCUGGGCCUUUCGAAACGAUAUCACAGGAUAUAACACCAGCACCGGCGGCGGCCCUCCAACCCGGGCGGCUCUCAUUACCGCAACGCGACUGUCACGCCGUCUCUUGCAACUUAUGCAUGAAGAAACGUACCGACAUCACCACACGAUGUUUCCCGAGAUGUAUCCGGCAUCCAUUGCACUUCACUACGGUCUGAAGGUGGUCUACGCUCCUCUUCCUGUGUACUUUGACAAACAUUGGCCUGCCAAUCACGUGAACGAGGUCUUCAACAAUGCUCCCCUUAGCAAGGCCAGCAAGCGGGCUGGUAUGGAUCAUGGUAAUGGCUAUUUCCACGGCGAAGGGGGCAGCGUGUUUGGUCCAGGGGAACAUGUGUUCAGAGGUGCCUCGUACUACUCCAAUGCUGGGUUUGCAGGAUACCUCUGGAGACGAUGGUUGGGGAAGGAGAAUGCAUGGGAGAAUGAAGGUGAUGACGGUGGUGGGAGAAUGUGCUUGCCUAUGAUGGUUUUACAUCCUGUCAAACAUGAAUGA